AGAGAGAACAGAUUCACACAACUUACCUCUGUGUAGCGGUGGCAGAUUCUCUAUCCACUAUUCUUUGACUCAGUUAAAGGCUGCACAUGACAAAUUAUAAAAAUGGGCUGUGGAAGCUCUAUAGGCAACUGACAUGAAGGCAGUUGUAUCUGCCAUUUUCAGGAAUCAGUCCUAACCAUUGUACAGAUGAAAUUAUCACAUAUCACUUUCACCUUUCAUUAAAAACGGGCCUCGGAUCUGGAUAAUUCAAAAAGCAGGAUCUCAUCUGUGGCAGACUGCUGGAAUGUAUAGACAGUACAGGAGAAAGCGUGAGCCAGAAAUUCCAGAGGUUACUCCUGAAGAAGAGGCAGCUCGAAAAGAGGCAGAGAAGCAGGCUAAGGAACAAAUUGAAAAAUCAAAGUUUAAACCUGUUGCAUUUGCUGUUCGUUCAAAUGUCAACUACACUCCAGGAGAUGAUGAUGGUGUACCUUCGCCUGGCACAGCUAUUCCCUUUGAAGCUAAAGACUUCCUUCACAUCAAAGAGAAAUACAAUAAUGACUGGUGGAUAGGGCGAUUGGUGAAGGAAGAAAGUGAGCUGGGCUUCAUCCCCAGCCCAGUGAAGCUGGAGGCCAUCCUGAUUAAACAUGAGCAGCAAGCUAGGAAAGCAAAGAUACAAGCCAGUAAAGCAGCAGCAACAAACUCCCAUUCCACAUCAGGGGAGAUGGUGCCUCACUCAAAGAAAUCUGCUCCUCCUCCUCCUCCACCACAGGCCCCCACAACCAAGCCAAAGAAAUCUACAGAACAUAUCCCAACAUACGAUGUCGUGCCUUCAAUGAGACCUGUGAUAAUGAUUGGGCCUUCACUCAAAGGCUAUGAGUUGACUGACAUGAUGCAAAAAGCACUCUUUGACUUUCUGAAACACAGAUUUGAAGGGAGAAUAUCAAUCACACGGGUCACAGCCGAUCUUUCCCUGGCCAAAUGCUCUGUGAUGAACAAUCCCAGUAAACAUGCACUAUUAGAUCGCUCAAGUCUCACUGAAGUUCAGAGUGAAGUUGAGCGAAUAUUUGAACUGGCUCGACCCCUGCAACUGGUGGUAUUGGAUGCUGACACGAUAAACCACCCAUCUCAGCUGGCCAAAUCCCCCCUGGCGCCCAUUAUUGUCUUUGUUAAGGUCAACUCUCCUAAGGUUUUACAGCAGCUGAUCAAGUCAAGAGGCAAGUCACAGUCCAAACAUAUGAGUGUCCAGAUGGUUGCUGCUGAAAAACUGGCUCAGUGUCCCCCUGAAACAUUUGACGUAAUAUUAGAUGAGAACCAGUUGGAUGAUGCAUGCGAGCAUAUUGCUCAUUACUUGGAAGCAUACUGGAGGUCAACCCAUCCUGAUGGCUGCUGUCCUCCCAACCCACUCCUGAUGGAUCUAGCUGCAGCCACAUUGCAGGUUGGGGACAGCACUACCCCUAUCUCUGACCUGCACGAACAGGGGUGAGCAAAAUGGCAAGAUUUUGGCUGAGAAGGGGAAGCACCAUCGACAGUGGGAGCAACAAGACGAACAUACUCACACCAGAGUACCACCCUGAAUACCAUACACACACCAAGAGUAGACCACUCACUUGCAAGAGCACCACACUCACAACCAGAGAGCAUCACACUCAUCUCAGAGUAGCAUACUUACAACCACAGAGCAGCACACUUCAGUUCACACACUAGAGUACCACAUUCACAACAUUCAAGAACCAGAUUGUACAGUACAUAGCUAAGUAAAUUCCCUUGUAACAGUUACUGCUGUAUGGUUUCAUAGUAUUGUCAUUUUAACCUUGGAUUACCUGCUAAUUGUUUUUAGGAACCAAUACAACUUAUGAUUAAUAACAACAUGAUUGUCAA